AUGACGACCGAUUCAAUGGAACAUCUCGAAAAGGUUAUUGCUCACCCACUUAUUGGACCUGGAGUUAAAUGUCUUCGCCUCAUUCUUCCAUACUGCCCCUCGGAAAUGGCCGAUAGCCGUGUUGUGUUCAAGCAGGUUCAAAUUAAGCGUGAAAUUCGUCUAUGGGAAAGGACGUGCCAGCCAGAAUACUACGUUGAGCACUUGCAAGUAAAGCUCGAUAGAGCGUAUGCUGCGUACAAAGAACUCCACAAGCAGCGAGAGGAGAUGAAGCGGAGCUUAGGGGAAAGUCUUGCACAGCUAAUACGGAGGAUGCCUGGAAUAACGCAGUUGGAAAUCUAUGAUAAGCCGGUGACGGGAGGCCUCAAGAUCCUGGGCUGGAACGCAUCUCAGUCUCCCACUUCAGGAAAGAAAUUGAACACCUCUCUGGAAUUCUACAAGGACAUUAUGGAUAACCUCACCGAGAGGUACACAGUUCCCUUCUUGAAGUGGGAAGACUAUGACUACCUGAAGGGCGACCACGUCCUGACAAUGGAGGACGUCGGUUUCGUGUGCAAGCUUUUGGUCUACCUUGGGACGGCCGGAAUCAAACUCACUCGACUUUCCAUCAAGCCAUCAGCGCCAAAGGACCUCUCAGGUUUCAAAAGCGACGACGACGAAAAGACUGCUUUGCAAGCCCUCGCGGAAAAUCUCCAACACUUUCACUUUUCGACAGGAUGCAAAAGAGAACAAGCUCCGGUCGGGCAAGGAGCUGACGGCAUGCUUGCCGUGGACUUUGAGGGCAUGAUGAGGGCCAGGGCACGGUGCACUCACCACACCCCGAUUCUCUCACAAACACCUCAGAGGCCUCUGAAGAAGCUCGCCCUCCGCUACGUCAACAUCAAGGGGCCUGCUUUUGGAAAGUUCCUCGCCAAUUUGAAAUCGUCGCUGGACCUGGUGAUAUACAAUUGCAAGAUGGUCGACGGGACUUGGCGCGAGCUCAUGGACACCAUGAAGGAGUUGGCCGAUACGGCGAGACCGAGUGGCAAGCGUCUGAGGCUGCUUGAAUUUAUGUUCCCCUCUGGAGCCGAAGUCGACUCACUGGGAAGCAAGCAUUUCGGGCACAUUUUCGGUUGGGGGGGAGGUGCAGGCAGGCUUACAGGCAACGGCGAGGAAAGGUUGAGUCUCGCGCGUGCGUAUGUCCUACACAAGUGCAACGUUGUGGAAAAUCCUCUUAGCACCCCAUCCAUUGUUCAAAUUUUGAAUUCCAACUAG